CCCAAAGUGAAACGGCUCCGCUUUGCAACGCACGCGCCGCGGAACAGCUCCCCGGUGACGUCAUCAGCGCGCGCCGCUGGGCUUCAGUCUGCUGGCCUCCGGAAUGGGCAGAUAUCACCAGCCCGCACUUAACCGUUGAUUUGUCGCGCGAACUCCACCGAGAGCGUGUAUUUUCGCACGCCGUCCACACGAUGCUAUGCGGAGGUAAGGUGAUGGAAGAGGCCAGCGGGAGGCUUUCAGAGCUGAUUCCAGUGGUGCUAUUUCCACGGCUGCCAGGCUUUGUCCCAUCCUCUGUUCAGUAACAGCGCCCGUUCUCAUCCCGAAUCACCAUGAAGCCAGUCCACGAGCGCAACCAGGAGUGCCUCCCUCCCAAGAAGCGUGACCUCCCCGUUAACAACAACAACAACAACACCUCUACCAACAACAACAACAACAGCAGUAGCAUCGGCGGCGGCAUUGGGAGUGCAGGAGGAGGAGGUGAGGAUGCCCCGUCUUCGCAAAGCUCUGGAGCGAGCGGAGAAGGUAGCGGCGAAUGGGUGCGAGCCCAGCCGAGCGUGCAUUAUGGGGUGGAGGGUGCCGAGGGUCUCGUUGGGCUUCCCGUGGAUCAGUAUAGCAUGCUUUAUAAAGUAGCUCUGCCCGCUGGCACCUACUCGCCCACCAAUCUGCACCCGGUUCUUAGCCACAUUUCUCCGGCGUACACCGUUCCCUCCCCGGUGUUACAGCACACGAGCGUACCCUACCCUCCGCUCUGCUACGCCCAGAUCCCUCACUCCUCCUUGCAGUUUGUCAGCUCUCCGUACGGGGCCGCCGUUCCCUACGCCGUGCCCCCGGGAUUCGUUCCCAGCCCUUUGAUACCACCUCAGUCCGCUAUUUCCCAGCAGCACUCCGUUUCCCACCUGGUUCAGUAUCCGUCAGUCAUUCAGGAAGGAGUUGGCUCUUCGCAGCAGCAGGUUUCGACUCAUGCAUACACCAAAAUGGGAGUUCCUCUGGUGCUCCCUUCUGAGCAAACGCAGACGCAAGCGCCACUCGGGGCCGUAGGGAUGCUGCCUGCCGGGGAGAUCAGCCCGAGAGCAGUGUACUACCACCCCACCGUUAGAGGCGUCCAACCGCAGAGAGACCUGCACAGCAGCUCCAUGGAGCAGGAGAGAGAGGUGAAUGGAGGGGACCGGGAGCACGGAGGCAGGGAGAGCCAUCAAGAUGCAGUUUAUUCGGCCAGAAACGCAAGGCUGGUGCAGGCCUCUGUGCCCGAGCCCCAGCAAGACAAGAGCUUGAAAAGCCGCAGGCUGGAGGGCAGAAUGUCGCCGGGACAGAGCAGCACACCGGACACUGAUCUCGAGGUCCAGCAGGUGGUCGGACGACUUGCCUCCCCUGUCCAUGGUGCGAGUCGCAAGGAAGCAGUGCAUGUCCCUCUGAACCUGUCUCAGAGCUCUCAGAGGGGUCGAGAGACUCAGGGCGAAGUCAGAACUCCUUAUGCAUCAAAUCCAGCUGAAUCUAGAGCACAUCAGCAGCAGAUCAUUCAACAAGGCCAUGCCGUUAUUCUGGCCAACGGGCAGCCUGUUCUCGUGCCUCUGGACUACCAUCACCACCACCAACAGCAGCAGCAGCAGCAGCAGCAUUUCCAACCCAACGAUGUGGCCUCGGCAGCAAUCGCUGCUUCUCCCUCUGCAUAUACUAAAGCCAUGGACGCGGGAGCAUGUCUCCCAGAGCGGGCGGUGGUGGAGCUGCCUCCCCAGCAGGGCCAACCGGCCUCCCAGCAGCCUCCUGCUGCUUUCCCACCGGCUCCUCUGCUGGCACCCUCCGGCCCAUCGCACUUCAUGAAGGGCGCCAUCAUCCAGUUGGCUACCGGAGAGCUCAAACGCGUAGAAGAUCUACAGACUCAGGACUUCGUGCGGAGCGCAGAAGUGAGCGGCGGGCUGAAGAUCGACUCGAGUAUGGUAGUGGACAUCCGCGCUAGCCAACAGCGGCCAGGGCUAGUGGCGCUGCAUUUCAACGUCGGGGAGCAGCAGAGCAAAGUGACUAUAGAUGUCCCCCCCGAACACCCGUUUUUCGUUUUCGGCCAGGGCUGGUCGUCUUGUAGCCCUGAGCGGACUGCCCAAUUGUACGGCCUCACUUGCCACCAUCUGCAGGUGGGCGACGUCUGUGUGUCAGUGACGCUGCAGCAGCAGCAAGCCGCGUCGCAGCAGAAACCGCCCCAGCAAGUUCAAGCCCGGACUCCCACCAAAGUCAACUCCACGUCAGGAGCCCCACCUCAGCCCAUGGGCCCUCCUGCGCCCCAGCACACCCCUCGGCCACAAAGCCAAUUAAAAAUGGAGCGCAUCCAUCGAGAGAGAGACCGGGACAAGGAGGAGCCCAUGCAGGUCGGGGGUUCACGUCACAUAGAUGUGCCCCCAAGACCGAACAGGACUUCAGCAGAGCACACUCGGAGCCAGAGCAACUACUAUUUGCACACUGAGGGUCAUGCUUCACUGGGACCCGGAGCGGGAGCCUCUUCCGUAGGGGCCUCCCAGAGGCGCUGGUCAGCCCCUGGCUUCCAAAGAUAUAGCAUCAAGAAUGAGGAGGGAGGGAGUUUAGCAUCAGCCGCCGCCUCUGGCUCCUCUCGGCCCUCGUUUAUCCCUCAGGAGGUCAAGCUUUCCAUCGAGGGCCGCUCGAACGCCGGGAAGUAGCAGACAAAAGAGAUUGUCCAUGGGAGCGAAGUGUCAGUCGGAUGCGAAAGAGGGAGCGUGGAGGGAGAGAGAAUGUAGCCUCAGAAUGUUUGAGAUUUUGCACAUAUUGGAAGAUUCCCCCUGCCGCCCCCUUCUUCGCUUCUGAUCUCAAGCAGUGCUAGGUCAUGGUUAGCGUUCACAAUGAUCUGCAUGGGCAGCUUUAUCUGGUAAAUCACGUACCAAAGCCUGCGUCGUCUGCGUGUUCCUGUGGGUAAACUAUCGUGUUUGGCAGUGAUCACUUGAGCGAAGAUAUCUUGCAGUUCCUCGAGUAGAUGUUUAUUUCAGAAAGGCCAGGGAUAAGAAUGGGAAACAGCCAUAGAGUCUUGACAAGCCUUUACAAUAAUAAUAAAUAUAUAUUUUAAAGAAAGACUAAAGAGGAUAGAUUGCUCAACUUUUUUUCCCCCCAAAAAGACAGGCUCUUUCUCUCUAAACGUUGACUGUUUCCCUUGUUGCGCCGCCAGGCUUUUGUUGGCUAAGAACUUAAAACUUGGACUGUUUUUAAUGCGUGUCUCUAGAGGUGUGUUUGUCCUCACUUUCCUACACUCUCCUCCUCUCCCUGCCUCUUCUCAGGGUGCUUCUGCUGAGGAAUCCCUUCUAGUCUGGAGUUUGAGAACAGUUGCCCAGCACCGUCACAUCAAUCAAUUGAUCCAACAAUCUUUCUACAAUCAGGAACUAUUUCCAGAUGAAGUCUACCAUGCAUCUUAACAGUUGCAUUAACAACUCCUCAGAGGUUUUUAGUUUCGAUUCGGCAGUGGUUCUGAAUCUGCAUUCCAGUUUCAAUGUGAUCUCUCCUUCUCCAACCCAUUGGAGUUAUCACUUUCCAAGUAAGGCCGGCCUAGGAAAACCACCUCUAAAUAGUACCUCAUGGUUGGAAGCAUCCUUCAGUCUGAUUAUUAACUAUUUUUAUUUAAUCCUACAUUGUUGGGCCCUUUUCCUGGAGACAACAUGUGGUGUCAGCCAAAAUCAGCCCUGCUUGCGAAGCUGAGACCAAAUGCAGAACAGGUUCUAGCUGUUUGCGAACAGCCUGUUCCUGUGGAAACGGAUUAUUGCUCUGAAGCAUGCAGGUUUAAAUGAAGUCGUCCCGUGGAAGCAUUUAGCACACACAAGUGUAGAUUCACUGCUGUUGGGUGUGAACUGACCCUGCUCAGUUAUCAAAAUCAAAGCAAUAGUUGUGUCAGAACACAUUUUUCUUGUUUUCUUUUUUUUUAAUCCCGUAAAAGACAGAUUACUCCUUGUAUUUCAAGUUUUUCUAUGUGCAACAGUUGCAGUCUGUAUGUAGAGACAUUUUAACCUUAACCUACGCUUCUCUUGAUUUUCUAAGAUGAUGCAGUUUUACUUUGUGAUAAUCCUUAUUCUAACAGUUACUACAAAAGUUAAUUUAAAGCAUGCAAUUACCCUUAAAACAACACCUCUUUCCUUUUCUGACUUUAGUGAUGACUAAUAUGAAGGCACACCUCGAAAUGGGGCUUUUGUUUUUUUUAAGCACCCUCUGAUUAGGAUGUUUAGAGUCAGCUCUUGUACUUUGUAGAGAGAUCUUGGCCCCUUACAUUGUGUCCUAACCAGGUAUAACACAAUAAGGCAAGCGAUAAGUCAUUCUUGAGUUGCAUUGUGUCUCGUCUGCAAAAAGCACUAAGCAACAGGACGCUUUGUCUUUCACAUUUGUCGUUUUUUUUGUUGUGAUGUUGUACUCUGUAGCUCCGCCCACUGUUAAAACCUCAACAGUCCAAAUUCGCUCCAUAGGUUUUGACAGGCUGUAAUUUUUUUUUUUUUUUUUUUAGUUUGGAUGGACAAAUUCACUGGAAACUUGUCAUGUCAUACCUGGUUAGCAACAGUGUUGAACUGAAAACCUAUCUCAAAUCAGUUCUUUUCUGGAAAGAGCUUCGUUUUUACAGUUUCUAAUCUGUGCUGAGGUUUCUUCUUUGGUUUUUGUAAUUGGUGAACUUGUACAGUAUUGCGUUCUAUCUCUCUUCUUGGCAAUAUUACCCACGAGUGAUUUUUAAAACUUGUACUGCAGGUCUUGUAUUGCACAGAUAAGUUCAAUUGAUUCACGCUGACUCUUUAAUGGGAAUCAGAUAUGUGUUUUAUUGUUUUUUUUUUUUCUUUUAAUAAUGAAGGGAAAUAGUUUGUUUUGAAGUAUUCAGUUUUGUUGGUGGUUUUUGGCUCAUGAGAAACUGACAGGCAAGGUGGACACUGUUUACAAAUUAGCCAAGAGAAAAUGCUGCAGUUUCACUUUUUGUAGUUACUGAACAUUUUCAGAUGGAUGAAAUCAUGACUUAAGUGCAAUUAGACCAAAUAUUAUAAACAUUAGGAAGCUUGUUUUUUUUUUUUUUUUUUCGAAACAUCAUUCCAGAAAGAGCCUGACAUUCCCACUUUUUGUUAGUUUGCUUUCCUGUUUUCAUAGUUUGUCUUUUUCCCUCUCAAUAUGCCACUUACUUAUGUGUCAGAUGCAAAUUUUCAUUUCCAUUUCAGCCCAAGUUCUUUCACGAGACCCUUGAUAUUUCUCUGCAUUGUUGGCUCUUGGCAUUGCUGGGCUGUCUGUGUUUGGACCAGGAUUUAAUUGAACUCUUUUGGCCUCUUACAAUCACUCAAGGCUUUAAGAGAAGAGUUAUUUUGUUCUUUUAGGUAGGAAAUAAUAUAUUUUUUUAUAUAAGUGUAGCUUUAGCAUUGGACCAGAUAGAUUUCGACUUCCUCCAAACUGCAUCAACCUCAACGAUACCACAUGUCUGUGAAGUUCUAUUGUUAAAGAGAAGAAGUUCGGAAGCGGUAUAAACGAGGGUCGUCACUUAAAUUCACGGACUAGUGACUAAAUAAGAGGGUGUUGACGGCCCUGGUUUAAACCCACCUGUUUUUUUGCCAUUACCGACAAGUCUGAUUUAAACUAAUUGAAGAAGUGGCAAUGUGUGUAUCAAGUAUAAAAGUAUUUGGUUUUGAUCACUUUAAACUGGUUCCAAUCCAUUUGUUUCCAUUUAUGAAGCAUUUCACAAGCAUCAUCUGUUAGUAUUUUGUUUGAAGACAUCCUGUUCCCUCUUAAAAGGAGUGCCACUUUCAUGCUAUUUAUAAUCUGGUCUCAAAUCUAGUUCAUGUUAUUUCUUCCUUCCACUGUCCCCUUUGUCCCAGAACGUUAUGGUGGCACUUUGGACAUCUUUCAAGUUCAUAGAGGACACUUUGAUAUAGUUCACCUUCAACCUGGUGUCAACUGUCUAAAAGGGCCACAAUUGUCACCUAAAGUGUUGUAGACAAAUGGAAUAUCUAUCCGACCAGGAAAAACUGCUUAAACUGGCCGGAUCUGGUCUUCUGGGCUCAAGCCAGUUUGAGAGGCCAGCUUCAGUUGGUUUAAAUUUUUACAUUGUUCCUUCAAAGAAAAAUGAUGUGUAUAAUGGCUUUGUUAUUCAAAAUUCAGACCUGCUCCAUUAUUUUAAGUAUUAGAAUUGAAGCAAUACUUGACUCGGAAUAGCAGAACGAUACAGCUUUAGCAUGAGCUAUGCAGUAGAGACUCAGUCAGCACCCUAAUGCAGUUUCAAUACUCAGAUCUCACCAGAAGUCAGCUGCACAUUCUGUGUUUUUCUAGUAACCCACAGGCUCUGUGACCUUCAUGGUAGUGGUUAGUUAUCGCACUACUAAGUCACGUAACCCGAAGCUUAUCUGGUGUCGCUUGUUUGGUGCUGUAUGUUGUUGUUUUUUAUUUUUUCGUCAGCAAUGGUGCACUGUUCUCGGUCUUCUCAAAUGCACUGCCUUACCAGCCAUCUCUUGUCGAGAUGAAAUUUCCAGUCUGCAACCUUUGAAGCGGAGAUGGACUGAGUACGCUUUCAUUAAGAACUGAGCUACUAUCAUGUGCACUGUAAACCAGGAGAGUUGACGCUAUGUUUGUGCCUUCCCAAUGUCUUAACUUUACUCUGGUCUGUCUUAUUAAGCUUUGUUCUCUGGGAGAUUUGUGUGUCUCCAUUUUGCUCUUAAUGUCAUUACAUCAUAUAUCUCACAGGCUUGAAAACCCUACUGUGCUGUCGAGAGCCGUUUUGAUCUUAUCUAAACAUCAGCGCGAAACUUCAUGGCAUCUGAAAUACUAGCAUUAGACAUAUUACAAUAGAUGUUUAGUUAUAGAGUGCUGCAUCGCUUGCUUAUUUUUAAAGGCCAACCUGAAAGUUCAUCACCUCGGUUCCCUCAAAAAAAACCCAAUAGGAUUUCUCCAUUGGCUUUUGGAUUAUUGCAGAACAUCAACUCCGUGACCAGCAAAAGUUUGUGAAUAUUAUGUGUUUUGUUCAUCAUAAGCUUCACAAAUGAAUACAGCUUUAAUUUUGCCUAAUCCAAUUGUCAGAAGUAUAAAGUUAAAUGUACGCUAUAAACGAGCUACAAUAAUCGCAUGGCUUCAACAGAUUUGCAGGUGAAAUAGUGCAUAAGAGCUCAAUUAUAAACACACAGAGGACGUAAAAGCGACUAGUGAGUAAAUAGGUUUACUUGUUUGGCAUGAUGAUAUUUAAUUUUCAAAUUGUAAUCCCAUUUCGAUACUUGUUAACAUCUGCCUUUCUCAAAGACUAAAGCUUUAAGAAAGUAACUGAUUUAUGUGUGAUAGAAUCACAUAUUGAACUUGUGUUUAGCACAGACCAAAAACACAUUUGGAAAAAUCCAUUGACUUAAGAAUGAUGUAACCAGGUGUGUGUUUUUUGGUUUAAUGCCUGCAGAAUUGCAUCAUCUCUGCAGCACUUUAUAGUUCGGUUAAUGAUGUAAGAUGGGGAGGGGUGUCUCUCAAGCUGUGAUUGUUAUCAUUCGUGGCUAAUUUGAUGUUGUAUCUUCAAUGGUAACAGCACAGAAGGGUUUAGCACAAGCUACAUUCCUAUACAUAGUACAUGUCUGCAUUUCCUUCCCUCUAUGAUGUGUGAAAACGAAUCAUAUUUUUACCUCACCUUUCCAUAAAUGUCAAGUACAAGCGUCCCUUUUGAAAGCAUUUCAUCUCCCUUUAAAGAUCAGGGCAUCUGCAUACUCGAUAAACACAGGGUUUUGUGGUUAGAAAGCAUUUUAAAAGUUGAAAGAUAUGGAUAAGUUGAAAUAAAGUGGGAAUUUGUUUUCCAAAAAGCACAACCAGACUAGCCUGGAAACAAGUGUAUAAAUUCAGGAUUUGGUCACAUGGCAGGUGGAUGCUUUCAUGUCACCUGCUUGAUUUGGUGAUUUUUUUUACCCAUUGAAAUCGGAGGAUAUUUCUAGACUAUAACUGGUGUGCAGACGCCCUCUUCUUCUUAGCAUUUAGGGAAUCGCAAGUUGUUCUUCCGUAGCGCGUCACCUAAUCAUGUAACAUAGACGUUUGUCACUUCGAUGCAAUGAAAUGUUCUGCACUUAUUUUCCCUAACCCGUCGUGUUACGCUAAAUGUUUUUCCCAUCGUAUUAAAUCAUUCGAAACCACGUAAAAAAAAACAAAAAACAAUCAUCCAUUUGUAUGCUUGUACAGAUAUGAAGAUAAGUUUUGUAUAGUAUUAGCUUGUCGAUAACGCCUUAAGAUGUGCACCGUUCGUAAACGCUGUGUAGAAUUGACUCCCCGCUCUGCAGGGUCGUACGAUUUCACACGGAGUUAAAAGUCUAGUCGUUUUGAGUCGUGGACUCCUCUGUAAAGGUGGCUCGGGUUGCUCACUGACAACAAUUAGUGACGUUGCACUUACUGAUUGUAAGACGAUAAUUUGGGACUAGCUCGUAAUGUGUAUCUUCGUUGAACGCAAUGUAAGUUUAACACGAGUUCUAAAUCUUUAACGUUGUAUUUAUUUUGCUCUUGUUAGUACGGCAGAAGUGAAGACUGAUGCUUUGCACUGUUGACAUCUCUGAUUCUAGCUCCGAAAUCUUCCUUCACUUCCUCAGUGCUUUGUAGAGAAAGCGCGUGAUGUUAGGAAUCUCACAAAACCCAGUGUUGGGAAAGUUGCUUUGGAAAUGUAACCGGUUACAGAUAACAAGUUACCCUGUUUAAUAUGCAGUAAGUAGAGUAAUGCAACUUGAUUGCUUUUUAAAUAGGCUGCUUCUUAGCCUGCUUGUUUUCAGCUGUUAAUCAACUCUCAGAUUGGUUGUAGCCUAAAGCUGUUAGCGGCAAUGUGGAUCGAUGCAAUUGCCAGAUGCUCCAAAUUUAAACAUGAAAACAAAUCGAAAGCAUUAGAAUGGCAUCGCUUUUUCUGAACGGCCUUUAAACGGCAGGAGUCGUCAUGCAAAGCAACAAAUUAACAUUUAGCAUAUCCUAGCUUUUACGGAACAUAUUCAGAAGUAGCCUCCUUUUUAGUCGUGAACUUUUUCAAAAGUAACUAUUUUAAGUACACUUUAUUUCCUGUAACGGAUUAUGGUUGCUUUUUAUCUUGUAGUUAAUUUCCGUUACAUGUACCUAGUUUACUCCCCAACACUGACAAAAUCAACUUUUGCACCGAAAUCAAAUGGCCUCUAAAUUUUGAAUUUGAAAUAUUGCUUUGUUUCUUUUCUUAAUCAGAAUUGCUAUUGAGAUAUGAAAAACAAACAAAAACCCAACUGCCAGCUCUUUAUCGCUGGAGCUUGCUUUUUUUUCCCCUCGUUUAAGUGGUUUGAGGAAGCGAGGGAAAGCUAAGUUAGUGGAGUCUGUGUUAGAAGAUUGCGUUUAAAGCGGGCUUGUCUGCAGUUUUUGAUAUAUGACUGAGAGUCCUGGGAAAUGUUUUACAGAAGUCCGUUUAGUCUCCCUGUUGCCUGGCGAGUUUUGAGCUGACAUGUAAUGGUUUGGGAAGUGUGAGAACGACUGAAGCCGCUUGGGGAUAACCGUCUGGGUUAUGGAUGAAUGUGUAGCUCAGUAUCAGUAACAUUUCAGUGCGUUUAUAGUGGUAUCAUUUGCUUCAAAAUGAUUCUUUUCUCUCUCUCUUUUUUAUUUUUAUUUUAUUUUUUCUCUCUUUGAGUGUGUAUAUAUUGUUUCGGAAGGCUUUAUGAAGCUAACACAUGGUGGUUUGUGUGAAUCCCAGACAGAAGUCGGUGGCACGGCAGGCCAGAGUCGGUAAUGUCAGCUGAAAUCAGGUUUCUAACGGUUGCAAGGUUUUAAAGGAAUCAUUAUAUACUCUCGAAUUUGACAUUGUACUUCUUGGCACUAAGUGACACUGCUUUUUAUGUGACGUGUGACCAGUUUUUAAAAAAGAUGGCAUCUGUUUAAUGCAUAAAAUCUGCGAAAUAUAUGCAAUGAUGUAAGUGUAAUAUUCAAUCCUCAAGUAUAAUCCAGGUUGUAUAAACUUUGUAUAGUACAUUUUAAUAUCGUAUGGCCGUACCAAUAUGUAUUAAUUCUUCUCAGAAGCCUUAGAGUCGUCUACCCAAAGUGCUCCCUUAGACUACCCUACACCUACCUGAACUUUACAAAGCAUUAAUACUAUAUUUUGUUGCGUUUUUAUUUGUACCCUUUUUUGAAUAAAAUAGAUUUGUACUGUAUAUUUGUACCUCUCUGUGAACUACUUAGGGCUGUUUUGUUUCUGUUUUUUUGUUUUCCUGUUUUAAUUCUAUGUAAGGACACAAAGAUAUUGUAUUUUUAUUGUUACAGCUAACUUCUUGGAAACAUUGCAUUUAUCAUGUUUGUUAAGUAAACACAAUAUAAUAUAAUAUAUAUAUCUAUAUAAUAUUAA